AUGUAUGAGGGCUCCUCGAGAGCCGCAUGCGGGGAGAGCAAACAAUCAAUAGCCAUAUUGCAUGCCGCACUACAGUACAGAGAAGGGGAUGCCGAGAAUUAUCCUGUUACAUGGGCUACAACUCAGCUUUUGAAGACAGUCAGUGCUGCCCAACUAAACGCAGGUGCCCCAAUACUUCGUGAGCAGGCCGGUAACGUUGCUAGCGGAAUCUAUGUAGAAAAACAAGGGUUGCAGAGAUAUACAGCCAUUUCCUGUCUUCAAUCACACAGUCUUGCCAUCGCUCAUCAAUCUCGUAUUGCGCUUCUCAAUCAUACUGGCGUCUUGCAAACAACAACCCAGUUUCCGGGCAAGACCGUUACUGGAGGCGAUCCCGAAGUCAGCGUCAAGGAGUAUAUGUCGAGGAAGGGAAUCGAGAACAGGCACAUCAUAUUCCUCGACAUCGGUUUUCAGACUCCAUACAGACUCGAUACACCUCGAAGAUGA